UUUCUUUUCCUCUUUCUUUUCUUGACAAAACUGACAACAAAAGGAAAAACGAAAUGCUCAAACUCUAAUAAUCCUCCCAGUCAUUCGAAUCCCAGGAACAGCGCCAGGCGCGCACUGAUCAAAAUCCAGUGUUUCCACGGCAACAGAGGAGGAGUUUCCACUUCGACCCGUGACCGCAUCAGCGGAAAUGAGGAACUAGGAAGUCGAGUUCAGGCAGGGCUGAUGUGGAAUACCACACAUUUGUUUAAGAUGAAUUAGUGUCGACUAAAGCAAUAUAUUCAUUUACAUCCACCACAGAUGUAGAGAAUUGAUACCGGUUCGCCUAGGCAGUCAUCCCACAGUGGCGUCGCUAGCUGUGCUCGAGAAAGAUGCUUCAGAGGUGACUGAGUUGGAACAGGGUCAAUGUGUGGAGUUUUACAGCAUCAGUACCUUCUCUGUUAAUAGACGCAACAUUUGUAAUAACAAAUAUGUUCUUCCCACGCUGUUAAACAUAACUUUAAAUUUUUAUCACCUCUUGGUCACUCGUUUCCUGUGGUUAGAGGCUAAACAAAAUGCGAAGGCCAAAUUGAAGUACUACACUUUACCCUUUCACACACCAAAAUCCAUAGUUUCACAUUAGAAGUCAUCAUGUCAUUGGGCGAACAGUCGCAGAAGUGGUUUCCAACUCAUGUCCAAGCCACUGUUCUGCAAGCCACAGACCUGCAACCAAAGGGCAAGAAUGGCACCAACGAUGCCUACACCAUCAUCCAGCUGGGCAAAGAGAAGUACUCCACAUCAGUGGCAGAGAAGACCCUCAGCCCGGUGUGGAAGGAAGAGGCUUCGUUUGAACUUCCAGGGCUGCUGAUGGAGAGCAAUCCAGAGGUUUAUGAGCUGUGCCUCACAGUGAUGCACAGGUCCCUGGUUGGAAUGGAUAAAUUUCUGGGCCAAAAACUCAUCAACUUAAAUGAGAUAUUUGACAACAAGGAACGACGGAAAACUGACUGGUACACUCUAGACUCACGGCCUGGUAAGAAGAGGAAAGAUCGAGGCAAGAUUCAAGUGAGCAUCCAGUUUGUACGGAACAACAUGACCGCCAGCAUGUUCGAUUUGUCGAUGCGAGACAAACCCAGAUCGCCGUUCUCCAAGCUCAAGGAAAAGAUGAAGGGUCGCAAGCACGACGGUGCCUUUUCAGACACAUCUUCUGCCAUCCUUCCACGCUCAGGACAGAGCGAGGCUGAUUCUCUACCAGACCAGCACCCGCACCCUCAGGCUGCACCUGAACCCAAGCCAAAACGCUCGCUGCUCACUGGGACGCAGAAACUUUCUGCUGCUCACUCCAUGUCUGAUCUGAUAGGAACUCACUUCAGGCCUAAACUCGACUCUGUGAACUCAAUUGAGGAGAAAAGGGGCGCUACAUCUCACCGACACUCUCAGAGCGAUGGAUAUGGUUGCCCAACCAGCGAUGUGCCAUGUGAUCCCUUUUCCGACAUCGGAGACAACAUGCCCCAGAAAUUCGCCACUCUCCCUCGAAACCGCAAUCCCUUCGAGGGUGAUCAGGGGAUGUGGGGGGCAGAGAAGAGAGAGAAGAAGGAGAAGGUCGGUCUUCUGGGCAGAGUGACUGGGAAGAAGGAAGGAAAGAAAGCAGCCACUGGAGCACGGACAGGAAGCUCUGGAGACCUGCGAUCUCCAAACCCCUUUACCAAUGAAACCUCAAGUGAAACCAACCCUUUCCUCUCACACUACAGAUCCAGUGACAACAUGAGAAAUCCCACUAGUAAUGAGGACCUUACUCAGAGAAUCAAAACCUCUCCCGACAAGAAGCAUGGCAUGAAAACCGCAAGAGAACAUGAGCCUGAAAAUCUGCAGAUGAGUAUGGCGGCCUACAGCAAUCUCUCCUUUCGGGAAGUGGUGCAAGAGCUCAUCAAGCAGAAAGAGGUGGUAAAAAAGAAAGAUGCUCAUAUUCGGGAGCUGGAGGACUACAUUGAUAACCUGCUGGUCAGGGUAAUGGAAGAGACACCCAGCAUCCUGAGAACACCCUAUGAGCCCAAGAGAAAAGCUGGGAAGAUCACGAAGAAGUAAAGGAUCUCAGAAGCGUAUUGUAAUGUAAGAUUUCUAGCAAAAUAAAUAAUGCUUGUAAAAGGACACCGCAAUGUUGGUUGUGACAGAACGCAAGUGUAUUCGUUCGCACACGGACAGAUUUCAUGUCAUUCAGUUAUUCUAGGUUUUCAAGAACAACCGGAUAUAUUGUGAAGAAAGACGGGCACUAAAUGUGGAGAUGCCAAACGGCCUUUUUAGAUUUUUCCAUAACUUUAUUUUGAUUUUUUUUUUUUAAGAAUCCUAUGAGCUGUUGACUAAUAUUUGUGAGUGGAACCAUUUUUGAAAAUAUUCACAAGCAGCCAUUUAUAGUUUAGAACUACGUUUUCGUGCAAGGAGACCAAUGUUAUGUUUGUACCGAAAAUAACUGUGUUUAAGUUGACUUUUAUUUUGAAUUCAGUCAGUAUAACAGAAUUCAGCACUUAAUACUCUUAGUAGUACUGUGUUUUGGGGUGGGCUGUCCAUAUGAGGCCUUUGCUGUGACUGAAUUCACACGGCAAAAGCUGUACCAGAUCAAUUGACGUACAUGUUUGUCCUACACAAAUAUGUGAAGUAAGGAAACACCUGGAUUGAUGGCACCACGGGACAUAGAAGUGAAUGUUUACUGGAUGUUUUAUCACCAGGGCGUAUUGGUUUACUAGAAGACCAUGUUGGGUUUGACAGGGUAACUCUUCUAUUGCUCUUGAGGGUGUUUACACUGUAGACGAAGAGCGAUCUUGAUACGUUAGUUGCAGAAUGUUGGUAAUGAAACCUUUUGGUACUUUUUCAGAUCAGACGUCUAUAAAAUAAUACACUGGUACACUACUAAUUAUUUAUUUUGAGCUUGAUUGCAAUGAGAAAAUGUGUAUGUGAAUAACACUGUUCACUUUACAAGAAACUUUACCAACACAAGUCCAAGAAACAAACUGCCUCUGUGAUGUAUAGUGACAUCAGAAGUGUAGAAAUGGGCAUCCAGUCUCCAAAGACUUUAUUCUGAACUGGAAAGUACUGAUGCUCGGUAUCUACAGUAUACCGCAGGACUGUCAAAAUGAGUGGACUGCCUACAGUUGACUACACCAAAGUGUUGACGGUUUUUGAUUAAACUUAAGCUAUUAAACUUAAGUCGGUCAGACAGUCAAGCACAGAAGUAUUAUUUAGCCCAUUUUAGCAACUAUUUGAACUUAGUCUAGCAGGUUGGAAACCACAGCAAAUAACUGAUUCAUUUUGGGAAGUCUGAAUGAGUCUUUAGUUCAAAACGCCUCUUUUCAGUCGAUUUGAUUUAUUACAAUGUACAGAAUGUUUCUUGCAACAAAAUUAUGAGCAAUGUAGACAAAACCUAGCUAAAGAACAGUUGUUUACAGAUUGCUUUAUAGUCUCAAGGCAGUACUCUUUGACAUUGUACUGCUUUUCCAAUGCAGGACACUUCUUACAGUGUUUACUGUGAUUUUUCUUAUCUUCUAUCAUCUUUAGUACAUAUCUGGUGAAAAAUGGCUGUAGGUUUUGGUAACUGAGCAUCUUUUUCGCACCUUAGGCUCAUGCUGGAGCAUCUGUGUGGUGAAAUACUGUACAACAGUGGUGCAUGUUUGCUCCAGAUUCUGAGAAAUGUACAUUUGAGAAAACUAAAAUGAUUGAUUGUAAUGGUGAUUUGGUUUAUACAACUGUAAAAUAGCCCGUUUUAAUAUGUUAGCCCUUCAUGAGAAGAACAAAACUGAUACGGGGCAAUUCUUUAGGCCAUAAUACCCCUUUUUGAUGUUUUGGAAACACAAUAGUGUAUGUAUAUAGCUCUGCAGAAAGCUUCCCAGAUGUAGUUUUUCUUAUUAACAUGGUAAAACACUGUGCUGGAAAGGAAGUCACAUCUUCUAUUUUAUUGGGUCACAAUGAGCAAGUGUGGUAUUCUAGCUAUAAAUUAUUGUUUUGUUUAAAGUUUUAUUUACUUACACUUUAAUAUGUAUUUAGAGAAGUUUACAUGUGUGUAAUUGAUGAGUCAUGUUAAAAUCAUUCAGUGCCACUUGAAGUGUUACACAGUGCUGACAUUAAAACCCUAGUGGAAUGUUUUUUUUUUUUUUUCUUUUUUAAACGAGACAAUUACUAAAUUUUUGUUUGUUUCUCCAUGUAGUUCUGUAUACAUGCUAAUUUUUUAACCUUUUUAAUAUGGAUAAAUUUGUUAAAGCAUUUAUUUACAAAUAUCACAAAUAUGUGUUGUACGCUGGGCUCAAUUACGUUAUAUAUCAAUGAUUUUUCAGCAUUACCAGUAUAUUUGUUAUUUGUCACCUGCCAAAAAUGUUUCAUUGAAUGUGAUUCAGUUCAGGAAAGUCAUUUGCUGAAGAGUAAAGCCCCCCCCCUCCCUUCUUUUUUUUUUUUUUCCUUUUCCUUUUUUUUUUGUAUUUGAUCUGGACUUCUAUGCAUUAUGUGUUCAUUUUCUGCUCAAGCUUUCGAUCAAAUAAGGUUCACAACUACAUAAAAUUUGCUGUAGAUCUUGUUGGGCGGUUAAGAUGUGUUGCCUCCCAAGAACAGUAUGUAUUGUUGUAUUUUUAUCAUAUCACGCACUUUCUUUCUCUCCCUUUUGUCUGGAACUGGAACUGCUAUGCAUCUCUCUCCAGAGCAAUUCUGUGUGGUACUCCGAAUGUAUUUUGACCAAUCAGCAAUGUCUGUAAUCACAAACACAGCGUUGAUCACCCUGUGUAGAUAUUAUCAAGCACUUCUUUUAUCACUUUUUACAGUAUAUACAGCUGAAAUGAUAAUUAUACAAUGUUUGCCUUCAUUAACAGAAUAAUGGUCAACAUGUUGUACAUGGUUUCACUGUGGUUGAUUAUCAAGAAGACAAGUAAAUGUCAGUCACAUGACACGUUUGGGUUUUUUAAUAAGUACAAUUUUUUUUUUUUUUAAAUCAUUGAUUUAAUGAUCUAAAGGUUGAGGCUACCUAUUUUUUCCCCCUCUUUUUGUUUUUACAAAAUCUUUCUGUUUUUCUCAUGGCUGUUGAUCUUUGAUUGUAAACUUUUCAUUGUUGUUUAUUUAGCUGUGUUUAUAGCUAUUUAAUGCAUAAUGUGUUACAGUGAUCAUGUUUUUGUGUGCUGCUAUUUUCCUGCAAUUUCCCAACAGAUGGUUUAGAUGAAUUUGCGUAGCUUCAUUGAGACUUGAAAGAUCUGAGUUUAUAAAUAAAGAUUUUAUUUGUGAUUUUCCUCAAAGGAUAGUAGCAGGACAAACGUAAAAUUAAGAAACAUGAAAUCCACAGUAUCAACACAAAGUUCAAAUAGAAAAUGAUAUUUGAAUAUCAAUUUUUUUUUUUUCCAUUUGGUGUCUUGUAUACAUUAAUCUCUGGUGCUGCAAUCAUAUCCAAUAAGUUACCAGUUUUUCAGUAUUCUGCAUCAUGUUUGCAUUGAUGUAAACUACUUUUUGCUCAGACACUCCUUCCUUUAAAAUGCUUCUUCUCCUCCUCCAAAAACUUGAAUUUCCAAUAGUGUGUAAAUAACACUACUUAGAAUAUAGAAUUUUACCCUCGGAAUUUGCUUACGGUUUCAGAAAAACCAUAGGCGAGCUGAGGAUUUUUCUCAAUGAGACACUUUCCUGUAGGGUUUUGCUUAGAUGUAGUUAUUGAUGAUUCAUCCAGAAGUAACACGUCUGUCUUUGUAUUCUUGGCAUGCGGCAUGAAUGAGUGUAGAAGAGAGCUGAGUGUAUUGUCUAUGUGACUACCAUACAAAAGGGGGAAAAUGACAGUACAGCCCAUUUCAAUAAAUCUUCUGUACUUCA